CACCAAUUUGUACUCCGUGAACCGUGCGCACUCCGGCCGUAAAUGGAGAAAGUGCUUUCGUUUCGCGUCACACAGCAUUUGUCGCAUCCAACGGCAAGUGCAGCACAUUUACCACCCAGCGGAUAGAGGAAAAGUGAAAAAAACAGCAGGAGACGUAGUAGCAGCAGCAAACAAAAACCACAAGUGUGGGCUGCGUUGCUCAAAAGUACCGCCAGCACGCCUUAUGGCAAAAUUCGAUAAUGAAAAUGGCGGCGCUAAUUGAGUUGUUAUUACCAGAGAUGUCGUGCAAGGGCGAAACAACAAGAACAACAACAAUAACAUCAACGGGAGCGACAGAAACUGCCUGAAGCAGCAACAAAAACACCAACAAAACCAAGGCAUUUUUUGCGAGCACUAACACAAACGCGCACGCAGAGCAAUCAAGAAGGAGAAGGGAGAGAGAGAGAGCGAAAGCAGGAGAACGGCAAUAUGGAAGACCUUUUUUUGCUGGUUAUCAAGGAAUCAACUGGCACCAAGCACAAUGCGCUGAGGCAAACGGCGCAAAUCGCUUACGAUAAGCUGUACCGGCAGCAUGGCAUCCACCGGGAUCCCUCCCACGAGCUGCGCUCCGUUUGCUUUACCGCUUUGCAGAUGGCGUUGGACACCAAGCGGCCCAAGUUCAUCACGAUGGGACUCAAUGGGCUCCACCGCGUCAUUAAGGACGAACGAUUCUACAUCGGUCUGGAACCGGAGGACGACUCCGUUUGGCUGCCCUCCCAGCUGCUGCGGGCCACCAACGGGAUCCUGCCGUCGACCAGCAGCGAGGAUACGGUAGUGAAUGUGCUGCGCCUCUUCCUGGCCAUGGCCUGCUCACCGGCCUGCACUCUGAACGGCCGCCUGCUCAUCGAGAUCCUGUCCCGUUGCGGCGAAUGCUGGGAGAUGGGUUCGCGGGCCACCAAGGCUGCCUCGCUGGCCGCCGCCUCCCAAUGUCUGCGCACGUUUUGCGCCUUCCUCAUCGAGGAGGCCGAGGAGGUGAAGAAGACUGCUCCCGCCGGCCUGAUGACACAGACCCAAGCCUCCGCCGUCUACAACGAGGUCAUACCCGUGAUGCAGUGGCUCUGCAGUCGACUGGUGGAGCCCAAUGUGAAUGCCUCACCCAACAAGAAGUGCGAGAACCAUAGCUCCCUGUACCUCACCGAGUGCAUCCUCACUUUGAGCUCGGCCCUGCCCCGAAAUGUGCAUGCGAAUCCGCACUUUACCUCCUUUCUCUGGCAGAAGUUCUGUCCAACGUUAGCGGCAGCUUUGGGAUCACCCGGAAGGAUUAAUCUGGACAAGAAGUUCACCUACAAGGAUGCCCUGCACAUGAUUGAGAAUGAGGCACGUGGCUUUUUCACGGGCCCAGGACUGGAUGGACCUCAGGCCCGUUGCGUUUACUUGACCGCCAUCCAGUUGCUCCGAAUAGCCGGCGCCCAUGGCUCCCUGCGUCCCAUGCUGGAGGCUCUGUUCCAUCGGAUGCUUCUGCUUCCGGCGCCACAGAAUCGCACAGAGCCGCUGCGCUGCGUGCGGGAGAUCUUCAAGAGUCCGGAGCGUCUCAUCGAUCUGGCGGUUAUCCUCUAUGUGGACAAGAACACGGCUCAAGGCUGCAGCGAUGAGAUGGCGCUUUUCCGGCUUUUGGUGGACGCCAUGGAGGAGUGCGCCUAUGGGGCCAGCGGUGUGGGCACCGCCACCGAAGCCAGCCUGCAGGCGAGCGUGGAGUGCAUGGUGGCCCUGUUGGACAGCCUGCAGGUGCUUUGCAGCGGCGAACUAACCGAGUCGAUGAUCAGCGAUCAGAUUGUCCAAGUGGUCAAUGGACGUCACGAGCUGCUCAAGGAUGCGGACUACUCUGGCCCGCUGACCUACCAAAGUAUGGCCCGGCUGCCGGCUCCGUAUCGGGAUGCGAUUGUGGAGUUCAGGCAGAAUGUAUUCGAAACGUCGUCGGGAUCGGAGAGCGAGGGUGAGCCGCCGCAUGAACAGGAUGCGGCCUCGAAUGGUUCCGGCGAUACGGAGGGUCCCGAGGAUGAUGAUCCCAGCAGCUCCAGCGAUGAGACGUCGCGCGUGGAGAACCGCUGGCCGUACUCGCAUUUGGAGGCACCGGUGAUGCCCAUACGGACGGACAGCGAUAAUGACCGGCAGCAUGCCCGGGACUUUGCCAGGGCCUUGCGGCAGGAUCUGGUGCCGAAGCUACUGCGCCUGCGUAGCUGCGUAGAGCUGGACGAGGCCAUGCAGGAGUUCGCAUCGGCCGUGUGCCAGGAGAACAGCAUGAACUUCUCGGAUUUUGACUACAACCUGACCGCCAUCAAUGCCGAUGGCAUCUACCUGGCCAUCUAUUCGUCGCUGCUGCUCAGCCUGCAGCUGAUGCGGGCGGGUUACUACGAGCAGGUGGCCCAGGGUGCCUCGCACAAGGAUAUCCUGGUGCCCAUGUCGGAGCAGCAGUUUGUGACCUCUGUCCAGAAUACGGGCGUGUUGGUCUACCUCUCCUCGCCGUGGCUCUGCGAGCUGUAUCAAUCGGUGACGGUGUGCAAUGUCCUGGAGGCCAUGCCGCGCCAGCAACUGGAGGGUGGCAUGGGUCCACGUUGCGCCCUCGUGGACAUGCUGUGCGAUGCCGGCGGCCUGGGCGCCACCCAGAUGCUCUCCGAGUGGCAGCGUUUACAAACGGCCAAUGUGAAGCACAAGGAGGAGGAGCAGUUGCAUGACAAGCGGCGCGAGGCAGCUAAGAAGCUAUGCCGACGGUUGCUCACCUGCUGCUGGGACUCCAUGGUCAUUGUGCUGAGUUCGGGACUGGGCGAUCUCCAGACUAGCUCCGCCUCCAACAAGCUGGUGGCUUUGUCCAAGCGAACGCUGAGGGUGAAGGCCAAGGCCAACAAGUCGAAUGGAGAGGCUCUGUAUGCCAUGUGCCUGGAUGGACUGCAUUCGGCGGCCACUCUGAGUAAUAGCUUGAAUCUGCAGCAUUUGGCUGGCAAGAUACUCAAUUUGUUGGCCUCGAAUGUGUGUCAGACUUCAGGGCCUCGGAUCUCCGCCAGCCAGGCCAUGUCCAUGGAUGUGGUGCUCACCGGCGGCCUUAAUCUGGGUAGCUAUAGUGCCGACUGCUGGCCCAGCAUCUUUGCCGUCUGCCGGCAUGUCAGCCAGCUGGAGCACGAGAUCUUUAGCAUGCAGAAUCCGGCUAUAUCGGCCUCACCGGGCAGCAGUCGCCGGGACUUGGAGACGGGCGAGAAGCUGAGCAAUGGCAAUGCCCAGGACAAGCUCAAUCUAUCGUCCAUACCCAUCGAUGAUGACGAGACCUGCGUGGAUGUCUACAGCUUCUUGCAGGCUCCAAUGCAGAGUCCAAACACGAACAUUACCUCCAUUCUGAAGGUCUAUUCUGGAACCAAUGAGACGGUCCUACUCAGCCAGAGCGACACCUCCAAGGUUUUGUGCGCUUUGUCCCACCAGGCGGAGAAUCUGUUUGGCGAUGCCGCCGAGCGUCUUAGUCUGCCUUCCCUGUGCCAGUUCCUCAAGCAUCUGUGCCGUGCCUCCCGGGAACAGCUGUACAAGAGCCAGGUGGCGCGCAAGGGUAGCCGCAUUUGGUGGCCCAGCAAGGGCUGGAAAAAGCUAGACUCUCUGCCCAUGUCGCUGCUCCUCCAUCGCAUAGGCGAUGUCACGCUCAAGGUAUUUCGCAGCUCCCGCCCGCUGCUGCAUGUGCUCAAGGUUUGGGCCAUCACAGGACCGCAUUUGAUGGAUGCCGCCUGCCAUCGCGACAGGAUGAUCUCCAAGCGGGCCAUCGAGUACAUCCAUGACAUCAUCACAGCUUUGCUGGUGGAGCAGUCGGAGCUGCCUUACUUUCACUUCAAUGAGGCCUUGCUGAAGCCCUUCGAGAAUCUGCUGAGCAUGGACACGGAUGUGGAUGUGCAGGACCAGAUUGUGGCCUGUCUGUACGAGGUGGUGGAGGCUCACCGCACGGAGAUACGCUCUGGAUGGCGGCCACUGUUUGGGACACUGAGGAACGCCCGAAGCCGUAUGCUGAACAUGAGCAACAUCAUUGAUAUCUUCAGGGUUUUCCUCGACUCUGACAAUACGCUGGUCUUCGCCAAUGCCGGUUUGGACUGCAUCCUGUGCCUGCUCUCAUACCUGGAGAUCUCUGGCGGUGGCAAUAAUAAUUCCUGCUCCUCCAAUGGAACCACGGGAAGUGGCUCUAAUCAGCAGCAGCAGCCAGAGGAGGACAACACCUUCCGGCCCACGGAUUUCCUCCAUGAGACACUGCGUUUCCUAGAGCGCUGCUCCAGCAUUCUGGGCUUCAUGCACAGCAUGCCCAAGUGCCCAAACUUUCACUCGACGUACAAGAUCAAGGGCAUCUCCUACACGCACAUCAUCGACGCUAAUAUACCCAGUUCCAUGGAGAACUUUACGUAUUUCGGCAAUGAUUAUCUUCAAACCCGAAACGAGCAGUACAUGAUCUCCUACAGGUCGCUGCACAUCGACAAGGACACCAUUGUCAAGAUCGAUGAGAUGGACAAGCCGUCGGGUGUGCUCAAAGUGUGGUUCCUGCUGCUGGACGGUUUGACGAACUCGCUGAUUGUCUGCCCUUACUCCCACCAGGCGCCCAUCCUGCAGACAAUCUUCAAGCUGUUCAAGAAUCUGCUAGCCAGUCCUGGCAUUGACUUUGGCUUCUAUUGCAUCAACCAUCUGCUGGUGCCGAUGAUCCAGGACUGGCUGAGGUACAUCAACAAGACGGGCGCCUCCUGGCAGCUGGUGGAGAAGAAUUUUAAGCAUUGCUGCUGCAUGACCACCGAUCUGGUGGUGGAGUUUAUCGAGAAAUCAGUGCCGGAGCAGAGGCGUCUGGGAGCAGGCACCAAGACGCGUCUGGCGCAGAUUGUCCAUCCGGCGGAUAAUCUUCUCUACUCGAAGUUAAAGUUUGUAACUGAGCGGAUCGAGCGGGAGCAGCAGCAGCAGCACUCACCAGGUGUCCAGGAUCAUCAGCAGCAGCAGCAGUACGACAGCAGCUCCAGUUCCGCCAGUUCCGAGGAGCAGCAGCAGAAGAGCGGAGCGGCAGGCGGAACAAAUCUCAUUGAGUCGCCCACCAAGAUAUCCGGUUCGGCGACGCUGGCCUUAAAGCAACUGCUCCUGGUCCUGAUCGAGUGCGCUGCCCAGUCACAGGAGGCCAUUGCCAGGAUCUCGGUGUCCUGCCUCAAGCAUGUGAUCCUCUCCACGGGCAUGCUCUUCAACGAGUCGCAGUGGAUGAUUGCCUGCUCGGCCAUCCAUCGGGCCUGCACGGUGACCAUUGCCCCACUGCGUCAGCUCUCCUUUGCCUUCCACGAGAAGUCCAACAGUUUCUACGGCGACUGUGCCAAUGUCAAGGUGGCCUCCCGGCGGGACAGCAGUUUGGAGGAGCUGGCUCGGAUCUAUGCACUUGCGCAGCAGGUGUUCCUUUCGGACAAUCAGAGGGAGCCGGGCCAGGGCCAGGCGCCCAUGCCCACCAGUGCCUCGCAGUGCAGCAAGCUGUCCGACGAUAGGAGUUACUCCUUCCUGCUUUACCCGCUGAACAAUGGCUUCAAUUCGAACCUGGAUAACUUUGUCAUCAGGAUACCGUUCAAGAAUCUGGUGGUGGGUCUGCUGGCCAACCAAAUGCUGCUCCAGCUGGUGGCCAAACUGCUGCUGUCGCGGCUCAAGUGCGUGCCGCAGGCGGUGUCCACCUGCAUCUUCGAUAAUUAUGCCGCCUCCGCUGCCACGCCCAGCCACGACUAUGAUUUGGACUUUCGCUCCAAGGAGAUCCUGCUGCGCUGCGUCAAGCAGUACCUGAUGUCCGCCCUGGAGUUUGACUCGCGACCCGGCCUCAAGUUCCUCAUGCAGAAGGUAUCGAAUAUCGAGUACGCUGCCAAUCUCUACAAGCAGAUGACCUCCUCGUGGAUGAUCUACUAUAUAGCGCUGGUGGAUUCGCAUCUCAACGACAUUGUGGUUUACAAUUUGGGUCCGGAGGACCUCAACUUUAUCCUGGAAUCCUGCUCGCGGCUAAACACCACCACGGUGAAGAAGAAGGAGAACUUUGUGAGGUAUUUAUUUUGCCUGCAGGAUGCCUGGAAUCUGGUGUGCGAGCUUUAUCUGAGCAACUCGGCCCUGCAUGACAUCGAGACGGGUUCGGGCAAGCUGCGCCACAACAAGCCGCCGCUGCCACUGCACCAUCAUCCGCAGAGCAAGCCCAUGUGCAUCUCGCUCAAUGGCAAUGGCGAUGCCGAAAUGACCGAUACGGGCUCCGGUUCGGGUUCGGGUUCUGGCAGUAAUCCCUCGCCCAGCAAGUGUGUCCAGCUGCAGGAGGAGGAGAACGUGACCAUGACAACGCUUAUCAGUGAAUUCCAGCCCAAAUGCCGUAGCAAUCCGUUUGAUACGAACCGGCAGGCCAAGUCCUCGGAGGCCGAGUCAAUAUCGCCGGAAAUUGAACAGCAGCGGGCAAGCAGCAUCCUCAAGGAUUCCAACUACAAGAGGGCCGCUUUGGCCCAGCUGGUGGUGGCGUCCAUGGAGCUGCUACGAUCGCUGCCCGGCGAGGCCGAGGAGAACCUCAAGCUGCUGAUGACGCCCACCAUUCGGGAGGCCUUCCGCCUGGUCCAGCUGCAGGGCAACGAGCUGAAGGUCAAUCAGUUUUAGGCCAUGCUUGUUGAGUUUUAUUUUGAUCUGUAGGCGCAGCCCCUGCCCCUACCAAAAAGGAUCCCCUACCUCCCCCGUCCAGAAGUUCCCCCAAGUUCCAGAAAUCGAUCCGGAAUCCCAGAGAUCCGUAAAGUGUACCUUCUCCUCCUACUCCCGUCCACGAAUGGCUAAUUUACAGCUACGUCUGCAUCUCAUGCUCUCUCUGUUUCACUCUCUGUCUGUCUCUCUCUCUCUGCCAGUAGCCUUCGCAAUUGGUGUGACCAAAUAUAAUUGGUAAGUUUAUAAAAUUUAUUUUGAUUUUUAACUUUUAAAAUUAAAAAUGUAAUCAGUAUUAAUCUUCCUAAAUAUUUGCUUUUUCUAAAUCGAUUUAAGGUUAGGAUUUAAGAUGAUAAAUUAACUUAAUUUAUUUGUCAGAAAUUUACUUUUUUAAUAAACAAUUAUAUAUUUAUAUUUUCAAAAUUUCAAACUAAAUAUCCGUCAGCUUGAACAUAUCAAUUAAGAUUAGCUUUGUUAUUUUGACAAAUUAAUUUAAAAUUUAAAAAAAUUAAUAUGAAUUUUUCAAAAAACAAAAAACACAUGAAAUGUUGGUCGCACUGGCAGUAUUGCAGGACCUUCCAUCUGUCUCUCUCUCUCUCUCUCCGUCUGUCUCUGUCUAUCGCCCGCAGUCCCCAGCACAGCAGGCAACCAUUUCAAAGUAAAAGCUCAACAUGCCAGCACAAAAAAGUAAAAAACUAUCGAAAGUACAACAAGAACAAUGUCGCGAGGAUAUCGCCAGGAUAUCGUAAAUAGGAUAUUUUUUUCGCGCUCUUAGAGAAAGUGGAGAAUGAUGAUCAUGAUGAUGAUGAUAAUAGAAGAAGCGUAGACAACGUAGUCCUGUACAUUAAAAUUUAGUCAAGACUUUCUCACACUUAGCCCCCGCACCCGCCCAAGUCUCCCUCCUCCUCCUCCUCCCCCCUCUUUUCUCUCUGGUCCCCCAGCACUUUUCGACUUUGAAAUAUUGUAAAGAUGUAUCAGCGAGCACCUGCCCCGCCCUAAAACGAGAAAAGAUAUAGUUAAAGAUCGGUAAAUAAAAUAUAUACCUAUAUAUAUAAAUAUAUAAAUAUUAAGAAUGUAAACUUAUGUAAACUUAUAGCGAAUGUUAACUAACACAAAAUCAGUGCCGCCCAUUAAUCCACGAUUACCACCAUUAACGAUUAGUCAACUCACACACACACACACACACAACAUACACAUAGAAAGCCUAUACUAAAACAUAUGUGUGUCCAAGUAGUCCCGCGCUGCCUUUAAAAUGAAUACUUGCAUACUUUUGUACCAGUGUGCGUACCUAAGAGAAAUAUCGAAAAUAUCGAAAAAAAUCGAAAUGAAAGCAACACAUAACCUAACAAAUUCUAGCCACCUUGCUGCACUAUCGAAGCUUAUUAGCCUACAUACACACACACACACACACAGGACCCACGCCUCAUAAUAUCAGGGAUUAGGAAAUGGGGUAUAUUAUAUUCAGAUUUUCCGAAGGUAAACCCAUUUUCGUGCUCCCAGCUAAUCGAUACCGAUAUCGAUACCUACAUAAACAGACAGCUACGUACAGUUAUACAUAUAUAUGCCUAUAUAAAGAUCCAAAGAGUUAUAUAUCUACAUAUAUAUAUAUUAAAAUAUAUAUACAUAAAUGUACUUAUAUGUAUUAUAGUUGCCACUUGGGUAUAAAUGUUGUAAAUGUCUAACAAAGGAAACAUUUUUAUAUGUGAAACUAUUAGCAACAGCGCUACAAAUCUAUACAUAUAUAUACACUAUAAAUAUAUAUAUAUAUAUAAAUUUAUAUACAUACACAUACAUUUAUUUUCGCUUCGUCGUAUACAGUAUACAUACAUAUAUAUAAUAUAUAUAUAUAUAGAGAACUAUUAUGUACUUGUGUUAUCUACUUGCCCAUCUCUCUAGCUCUCAAUCUAUCUCUAUCUCAAAUCUCUCUCAAUUGACUUGUAAGUGUAAGUGCGAAGAGUGCAGUUGCAGAGCCGCAAAAGUGCAAGGUGAAAGGUAAAAGAUCAGGCUAAAACUAGUACUACUAAAACUCUCCAAGAGUGCAUUUGUAACAUGAACAUGAGAAUAAACAAUUCCACAACGCUUUCGCAACUUUACUAAACAA